UCUUUUGAUCAUGUGAUUCGUGUGGAAAGCCAAAAUGAAAAUAAACACUUGCGAAUAAAUGUUAUAUCGAGUUUAUUUGUGCUGGAUGUUAUUUAAUUAUCUUGAAAUAUAAGUUUGGCUUCAUUUAAUAUUGUACAUUUCUGUUGAAUUGCCUUAUAUAAUCAGGAACAGAGGGCGCAUCUGCGUCCAAAACUAAAUAAUCCAUUGCGUAUUUUGUUUUAGUUUUAUUAUAGAGUUCUCUGUUUUCAGCUGAUGUGUUACGAUCGCUAAUAUGAUCUUAAUUACAUUAAUUUACGCAAAAGAGAAUUUAAUUUUAGACAGGCUUUGAAAUAUUAAUAACAUUUACUUUCAUCUGAAAUUCCACAAUGUCUUUUAAAAAUCUAAAGGCAUCCUAUAUUUCUGGCUUAGGUUAUCUUACUCAUCAACAACAAUAUGAAAUGAAUGAAGGGGGGAUACAACUAUUAAACAGGAGAUUUAGAUACAGUAGAAAUCUUUUCAAAAAAGAUCUGUAUGCACAUUAUGGGUGCGUCAAUGCCAUAGAAUUUUCGAAUGAUGGUCAAUGGAUGAUUUCGGGCGGCGACGAUAAAAGAGUACUUGUAUGGAAAAUGAUUAAAACUCUUACAUCGUCAUCUAACUCUUAUCAACCAACUGCUAUGAAAUCGGAACACAAUAGUAACAUUUUCUGUUUAGCAUUUAACAAAUCUCACACGAAAUUGCUUUCGGCUGGAAAUGAUGAGCAAGUAAUAUUGCAUGACAUCAACACUAGAGAAAGUCUUGACGUCUUUCCUCACCAAGAAGCUGUUUAUGGGUUAUCAGCUGAUCCCAUGGAUGACAACUUGUUUGCUACUUCGUGCGAUGAUGGUCGCGUUUUAAUUUGGGAUAUUCGACAAAGUAUAGAUGAACCAUUAGUUCUUGCCAGUAAUGCCAAUGCAUAUCAUGCUGUUAUGCACAAUCCUGUAGAGCCUCAUUUCCUAGCAACAGCAAAUGCAAAAGAAGGUGUAUGCUUAUGGGACAUUCGUAAACCUAACACUUAUGUCAUUAAAUAUGGGUCAUCUUUAUUAACGCACAGUGCAAUGAGUGUUCGUUUUAAUGCCACUGGCAAUCAUUUGUUAGCCUUAAGGCGAAGACUACCCCCUGUACUUUAUGACGUAACUUCUGCUCAUCAUAUCGCUGAAUUUGAUCAUCCUGAAUACUAUAAUUCUUGCACUAUGAAAAGCUGCUGUUUUGCAGGAGACAAGGAUCAGUACGUUUUAUCUGGGUCGGAUGAUUUUAAGCUUUAUAUUUGGGAAGUUCCGGAUGUCACUUCCAGAAAAGGCAAUCUAAUUGCAAAAACCCAUUUUGUUUUGCGGGGGCACAGAUCAAUUGUUAACCAAGUGCGAUAUAACAAUACAUAUGGAGUUAUUGCCUCAUCUGGUGUGGAAAAAAUCAUUAAGUUAUGGAGCUCAUUUCCUAUGUCCCACUCUGACGAAAGUGAAGCAGAAGGAUUGAGAAAAGUGUACAGCCAUGAAGAAUACAUAAAUUUAGUUCUUCGGAGUGGUCAGUUUAUGACUCACGACUACAGUCAUCAUUCCACUCGAGAAGAUCCCAGAAUGAUGGCAUUUUUUGAUUCUUUAGUUCAAAGGGAUAUCGAAGGCUGGACCUCCGAUUCUAACGAUGCUUCGGAAAGAACCACUCGGGACGGUUUCUGUUUUGAAGUCCAAUCUUCGGAAGAUUCGACAACAAGUAUUUCAUCCUCCUCUUCUGAAGAUGAAUUGGAGAACAUUACUCAACGGAGCAAACGGGCUCUUCUUGAAAUAUUCAACGAUAGAUUGGUUGAAUUACCUAGCACGUUUAGUAGCACUGAUAGAGCUGCUGCUAACAAUGCUUCUUCAAAUAAUCAAAAUACUGAUAGUCAUGUGAUUAGUAAUGAAGAUACUGCUCCAAAUAGUUCAAUAGUUAACGAAGACAGACCUUUGGAUCGAGCUUCAACUAACAGGGUCUUGAACAUUAGUCAACCAGCGAGUGAAGUGGGAGUCACCAGGCGAUUGUUUUCCGACAGAGAUGGUAUGGGCGGACGUAUACUUACAGAUACUGAUAGUGUUAUAAGUCGCUAUUUUUCUGGUAGAGAGGGUGCAACUAGUCGUUUAUUUGCUAAUAGAGAAGAGGCUGCAAGCUAUUUGCUUAUAAACCGUCAAACUGUCUCCACACAUCUGAACAAUAAUGAAACAACCAAUGAAGAUUCUGAAAGUAAUGAGAGAAAUCCACCGACUUCAGAUAGAAUAUCACAGCUCAUAGCUCAAAAACGCCGUGUGCAGAAAUUAAAAUCUGCUCGAAAGUCAAUGAAACGAGAAAAUGUUGUUUUAAGAAAAUUCAAGAGAACAAGUAGAAAAUCGGACAAGAGGCCAUCUGAGGAGAAUAACGAAGUAGGUUUUCGACCUCUGAAUUUAGGUAUUGGAAACAAAAAAUCUGCAAGUCUUAAUGCCAAAAUUAAACUUUUGAGAAAAAAGCGAGCACAGUUGAGUAAAACUCCAAACUUAGAUGGUAACAGUUCUGACUCUGAUGACUAUGAAGAUUGUAAAAAUAAUGUUCAAAGUGCUAGCAAAUUAUGUGAUAUGAACUCUGUUUCAAAUGGGAAUAAAAAGAAGAAUGAAGAAAGUGAUUCUUCUAAUAAUGGGUUGAACUAUGUUUCAAAUGGGAAUAAAAGAAAGAAUGAAGAAAGUGAUUCUUCUAAUAAUGGGUUGAACUAUAUUUCAAAUGGGAACAAAAGGAAGAAUGAAGAAAGUGAUUCUUCCAAUAAUGGGAUCACAAAAGUAUUUUUUAAGCGUAGCAAGAGUUUUAAAAAAAUAUCAGAUACCACAAAUGAUUUAGUAAAUUCGCAAAACCCGCAAUUUAAGAGUGAUCUUUUGAAAGAUUCUUCAGAUGCUAGUAAAAGUUCUAAUUUAAAUUCUAUAUGGCCCAAUUCUGAAACUAAUAAGAGUCCUUGUUGCAGUGGAGUUAGUAGCAAUACUAAUGCUUGUGAAAAUUCUUUCAUUAACGAAUACCCUAUACCAAAUGAUGAAAAUGAAAUCAGGGAAAAUCUGAGCUCUAGUAUUAAUGAUUCUGACUCGAGGGUUGUUGAAAGUUCCGUUGUGAAUAGAGAUAAGACUAACUGUGAUGAAUCUAGUGAACUGAACAAUUCAAUUUUAGGUUCUACCAAUAAGGAUUUGAAUGGAACUGAAAUACCUAGUGAUAAUUCAAAUUCGUCUUUUUGUUUUCCGAUAUCAGUUGUUAAACAUGGCAGAAAUUAUCGUAAAAGAAAUAUUGAAGACUCCAAUGAGGAUUAAAUUGAUGAUGUAGAAAAAUUAUAUAGCUAUUUAUACUUCUGUAAAUUUUUUAUUGCUAUUGUGUUCUUUUUUUGUUGUCAUUUAAUCGACUAAUCUUUAAUAACUAUUAUUUUCUUCCAAUCCCUGUGAAUUAGUUAAUGCAGGCAACCAUUUAACCUGCUGAAUCUCCUAUCAAAACACAAAAUUAACCAAAUUUUAAAAUUUCUGUUAUUUCCAAUUUAUAAUUAUCUAAUUGCGGAAAACCAUUUUUUUAAAAUUAUUAUAUACAAUAUUUUUCAGUUGCCCCCGUGGCAGAAUCACGGCGACAUUGUUGCAGGACAUUACCGAGUUCUUGCAGAAAGAUUUUUCUUUUGAAAAGUAAAAAAAAAAUUACCUCUAAUUAUUUUCUGACAGAAAUUUACCUGUUAUAUUUGAAUCAUGCAUUUAGAUAAUCACUUUUUGACACCCCCAAUGUACGCCGAUAGUAUCGUAAAUUGAUGUAUUGUUUUGAUUGUAUUUUCGUCAGUUAUUGAUACUGAUUUUCACUUGAAUUUUAAAUAUCCCGAUUAACAACAUGGAAAAUUCGAAUCGUGUAUUUGAGUAUUUUUUAUUUAUUUAAAGGCAAUAAUUCUGUCGAAUUUUAUCAAUUAUUGCUAUUGAUUUCUCCAUAGUUUUUAAAUCCGAUAUUUUUUAUGCGAUAUCAUUUUUAUACAGCAGCCUAAUCAAGAGGCGAAACACGGAUUUGAGGUGUCCGAUUCGAGUGAUUCUGUUGUCGAUCUUUUUUUUCGCCAAGUACUACUACGGAUUUAAUGAUUUUUAAUAUAUUUUUUUUAUUGUGAUGAUUAGUUACAAAAGGCGAAGGAAAUAAUUUCUGCUUUCCCCCUCCCAACAAAAUGCGAAAAUGUUACCGAUAAUAUUAGAAUAAAAAUUACAUGUUAAAUUUUUUAAAAAUUACCUAUAUAUUUUUUUUUUGUAAACACAGCACUCUUGUUAUUUUAAAUUAGUAACAUACCUGUUUAUUAUUAAAAAAAGUAUCUUGCAGAAAGAUAUUAGUGAUAGAGAGUUGGGUCGCAGAUAGCUCGAACAAAUUCUGCCACAGGGUCAGUUGCCUUCAGCACAACAUCAAUACAGGGUAGUAAUUUUAACUGGUUAAAGCUGAUUUUGAUCAGGAGGCUGAAUAAAAAUGGUUUUAACCUUCUGAAAGUUUUCAAAACGAGAAUGACUGCUAAAAAUGGCCUUAAUCAGGCUUAAUAAUGAAUUACUCUGCAAUUAAAAAUAACUUGGGAGUGAGCAGUAAAAUUACUAACAAAUAGACAAAUUUAUGAAGAUAGUUAAUAAAAAAUGCCUAUUCAAUACGUGUGUAAAAAACAGACCAUGAAAUUAUUAAAUUAUGAAAAUUUAAGGCAAUUAACAUUUUAGUUAGUUGACAUUAGUUAACAUUAAGUUAAGUGUAACAUUAAAGUGAGUUCAUUACAUUAGAUCUAAUAAACUACUGUGUCAGUUCAUCUUCCCCUGAAAGUUUAUUUUCUAAAUUUAGAAUUAUCCAAAAUAAGUUAUGAAAGGACAACAUUAAAACUUGUUACUUGCAAUCAUUUUUUAAAAUUGAACAUAAAUUAUGAAACA